AUGCCGUUUGCCCAGAUUGUCAUUGGACCUCCAGGUUCAGGGAAGUCGACGUACUGCCACGGUUGCUCGCAGUUUUUCAAUGCGAUCGGGAGGCACUCACAGAUUGUAAAUAUGGACCCUGCAAACGACAGACUGCCCUAUCCCUGUGCUGUGGACAUCCGUGAUUUUAUCACUCUCGAGGAGAUCAUGCAGGAACAGUCGCUGGGCCCGAACGGUGGGCUCAUGUACGCGUUGGAGUCCCUGGACCAGUCCAUCGACCUGUUCAUCUUGCAGAUCAAAAACCUCGUCAUGGAGGAGAGGGCGUACCUGGUGUUCGACUGCCCAGGGCAAGUCGAGCUGUUCACACACCACUCUGCGCUGUUCCACAUAUACAAGCGGCUGGAGAAGGAAUUGGACCUACGAUUCUGCGUCGUGAACUUGAUAGACUGCUACUACAUCACGUCCCCGUCACAGUAUAUCUCGAUCCUCUUGCUGGCGCUACGGUCCAUGCUGAUGAUGGAUCUGCCUCAAGUAAACGUGUUUUCGAAGAUCGAUAUGCUCAAGUCGUAUGGCCCGCUGCCCUUCAAGCUGGACUACUACACAGAUGUACAGGACUUGGAUUAUUUAUUACCGCACGUCGAGGCAGAGGGGACAAGCGUGCUCGGGAAAAACUACAGUAAACUGACAGCGACAAUCAGCGAGAUGGUCUCUGAUUUUAACCUUGUGUCUUUCGAAGUGCUCGCGGUCGAUGACAAGGAGAGCAUGAUAAAUUUGCAAAGUGUCGUUGAUAAAGCGAACGGCUAUAUAUUUGGGGCCUCAGAGGUGGGCGGUGACACUGUGUGGGCAGAGGCCACCAGGGAGGGUGCCCUGAGAGAGCACUACGACAUUCAAGAACGGUGGAUCGAAAACAAAGAAACGUACGACAAACAGGAGCCGGAGCGCAGGCAGCAGCUGCUCAAGGAAAAGGAACUGCAGGAAAAAGAGGUAAACGUCGAUGAGGAGGACGACGAGUGGGAAUCCGCACUCAAAGAAUGGGAGGAGAAGCAGGGCGCCGACUACGUGCGCUGA